AUGAUUUUCUUUUUCUGCAGUACCGAUGCGACUGUUCUACUGCUAUUAAGUGGUUCAGUUGUCUCCGAAUGCGCUGGCUCAUUAAUCAAUGAACGUUAUGUGCUGACAGCAGCUCAUUGUGUCACUGGUCCAGUUGAACAGAAAAUAGGUAAACUCAUCUCAGUGCGCACCGGAGAUCAUGACAUUGCAUCACCGGAGAAUUGCAAUCAGCACGAGUGCCCGCUGUCCUAUCAGCGCUUCGGUAUUCAGAAUAUUAUCGUACAUGAUCGUUACGGUGCUAAUCGGGAUCUCCGCAUUAAUGAGCAUAACGACAUAGCAUUGAUUCGAAUGGAUAAGGCGGUGGAAUUUAAUGAUUACAUGCAGCCUGUUUGCCUGCCCAUUGUUCGCCUUCAACAAGAGCUAAGAGAGGGUGCACUACUCACGGUGGCCGGCUGGGGUCACACGGGUUUAUGUACCUCAACAUAGUAGAGUGAAGAAAAAAGUCCGAGUGCCACUUUAUUCCAUGGAAAAGUGUCGCCAUAUUUUCGAUAGUUACUUUUAU